AUGGAGUUCUUUGCAAAACAAACUCAUUGGAACUUCAUGGACGAAGAAAGGAAGAAAAUAAAUUUACCUAGGAGACUCUCCUUUGGUAAUCAAGAAUCAGACUCCCACUUUGCUUCAGCAAGAACAUCUUCUGCAUCUGCAACAUCAUUUCCGCUAUGGCCUACAAGCCCUGAGACACCAUGGACUCUGUCCCCUAUUCGCACCUCUCCUACUCCUCUUCUCUACCAUUGCUUAGCCUCCCUACAUCGCCAUGAAGGUAACAUCUUUUCUAUUGCAAUCUCAAAAGAUUUUAUCUUCACUGGCUCUGAGAGUAGUAGAAUACAUGCAUGGAAGCAAUCAGACUGCACUGAGAUGGGUUAUAUUAAGGCUAAUGCUGGUAAAGUCCGGGCAAUCUUGGCUCAUGGAAAGCUGCUCUUCACUACACAUGGUGACUUCAAAAUACGUGUAUGGGAUGUGUCCUUGACACAGAAUUUUCAACCAAAGAAGAUCAAAACUCUACCCCGAAGAAGCUCAUUUUUCCUGUAUCCAAGGAAGAAUACUCAUCAACACAAGGACAUCAUCUCCUGCAUGGCUUACAACUAUGUAGAAAAACUAUUAUAUACAGGUUCAUGGGAUAAAACAGUCAAAGCAUGGAAGAUUUCAGAGAGGCAAUGCGUUGAUUCAUUUGAAGCUCAUGAAGGUAUUGUUAAUGCUAUUGUGAUCAACCAAAAUGAUGGGUGCGUCUUUACCUGCUCCUCUGAUGGCACAGUAAAAAUAUGGAGGAGGGUAUUUGGAGAAAGCUCGCAUAUUCUCACCAUGACAUUGAAGUUUCAACUCUCCCCAGUUAAUGCCUUGGCAUUGAGCUGUUCACCAAGUGCCUGCUUUCUCUACUCUGGCUCCUCAGAUGGGCUCAUAAACUUCUGGGAGAAGGAGAAGAUGUCAAGUAGGUUCAAUCAUGGGGGAUUUUUACAAGGUCAUCAUUUCUCUGUUCUUUGUUUAGCAGCCAUAGGGGACUUAGUUCUCAGUGGUUCUGAAGAUGCAACCAUACGAGUAUGGAGGAGAGAGGAAGGCAAUACAUUCCAUUCAUGUCUUGCAGUCAUGGACGGCCAUCAUGGGCCAGUAAGGUGCCUAGAAGCUUCUUUGGAAACAGAAGAUACUGUAAUAGGACUGUUAGUAUAUACUGCAAGUUUAGAUCAGACCUUCAAGGUUUGGAGAGUUAAAGUUUAUCCUACGGAGAAGGUGAACACAGAAAACUCAGUAGCAAACAGUCAACAGUCAGAGAUUGCAGAAUGUCAAAUGAGUCCAGUGCUUUCGCCUUCCUGGGUAGAGAAGAAGAUGCAAGGCAGCCACUUUUAG